CCCCCUAUCGCGCUCACUUCUUUCAACUUCUCUCGAGUCUCGAGUCUUCUUCUUCAAAGAGAAAAAAGAGAGAUUUUCACUUUUUGAUACGAGCGCAUGCUCCCUCUCACCCUAACCACCUAAUAAAACUAAGUUGAGACCUCCACCUUCGCCACCGCCGCCCAAUGACGGUGUUCUCGGCCAAGCAGGUGUUCCCGGUUAACUACGAGGCCGAAGUGUCGCAGCGCCUCCUCGAAGCCUCCCACUCCGGCGAUCUCCCCUUGGCGUUCCGCUGCAUUGCCGAUCCCUCCGUCGACGUCAACUUCGCCGGCGCCGUCACUCUCAAGACCGCCUCCACCGACCUCCUCCUCCUCCCAGAGUCCCCCAGCCAACUCCGCCUCGACUUCCAGGAAUUCGUCUCCGACGUCUCGCCGCUUUUCCUCGCCGUCCACGCCGACCACGCUGCCCUCGUCAAGAAGUUACUGAGUGUGGGAGCUGAUGUAAACCAGAAGCUCUUCAGAGGCUUUGCAACAACUGCAGCAGUGAGGGAGGGUCACUUUAACAUUCUUGAGAUCUUACUUAAAGCAGGGGCAUCGCAACCAGCAUGUGAAGAAGCUCUUAUAGAGGCAAGUUGUCAUGGCCAAGCAAGGUGUGUGGAACUGCUCAUGAACUCUGAUUUGAUCCGACCUCAUGUUGCUGUACAUGCUCUAGUGACUGCAAGCUGCAGGGGGCUUGUUGAUGUGGUCGAGACGCUCAUAAAGUGUGGUGUGGAUGCAAGUGCAACAGACCGGGUGCUUUUACAGUCACUUAAGCCUUCUCUCCACACAAAUGUGGAUUGUACUGCACUUGUUGCUUCUGUAAUUCAUAGGCAGGUCCCUGUUGUUGAUUUGCUAUUGCAGAAUGGUGUUAGGUUAGACUUUCGGGUGAGGCUUGGAGCAUGGUCAUGGGACACUUCUACUGGUGAAGAGCUUCGUGUUGGUGCUGGGCUGGGAGAAUCUUAUGGCAUAACCUGGUGUGCAGUCGAGUAUUUUGAGAAAAAUGGUGCUAUACUACGUUUGCUCCUGCAACAUGUCUCCUCCAAACCUCACCGUGGAAGGACCCUUCUACAUCAUGCUAUACUCUGUGGCAAUGUUGAGGCUGUCAAGGUGCUCUUAGAAUGUGGUGCGGAUGUGGAAGCCCCAGUUAAAACUACCAGCAAGACUCAUUUCCUGCCUAUACACAUGGCAUCCCGGAAAGGCUUACCAACAAUUAUUCAAGGGCUUAUUGAUUUUGGUUGUGAUUUGAACUCCACAACAGACUCUGGUGAGACAGCUUUGAUGAUCUGUGCAAAAUAUAAGCAAGAGGAGUGUCUCAAAGUACUAACAAUGGCUGGGGCUGAUUUUGGCUUGGUGAAUACUGCUGGUCAAUCUGCAAGUUCGAUCGCUGAGUCAAACAAGUGGUCACUGGGUUUCCAACAAGCAGUGUUGGAUACAAUCAAAAGAGGCAAGAUACCUGAAUCCAGCAACACUACUUCCUUUUCGCCUUUCAUAUUUGUAGCUCAAGUCGGAGAUACUGAAGCAUUGAAAAUUGUCAUUGAAUCUGGAGAAUUUAAUCUUGACUAUCAAGACGAUAGUGGUUUCUCUGCAGUUAUGCAUGCUGCUUCAAAGGGCCAUGUGGACUGUUUUCGAUUGCUGGUAUAUGCGGGAGCUGAUGUAAAGUUGUGCAAUAAAUCUGGUGAAACAGCAAUAACCCUAUCUGAAAUGAAUCAGAACUGUGAUUUAUUCGAAAAGGUCAUGCUUGAGUUUGAGCUUGAAAAGGGCAAUAUCAAUGCUGGUGGAUUCUACGCAUUACAUCGCGCAGCUCGUCGUGGUGACUUGGAUGCUGUUACAUUGCUUACCAGCAAAGGUUAUGAUGUCAAUGCCCCUGAUGGAGAGGACUACACUCCACUCAUGUUAGCAGCAAGGGAAGGCCAUGCAUCCAUUUGUGAGCUUCUAAUUUCAUAUGGUGCUAAUUGUAAUGCCAAAAACGCUCGAGGGGAAACUGCGCUUUUACUCGCAAGGAAAUUCACAGGAGGGAAAAACUAUGCAGAGGCUGUUAUACUAGAUGAACUCGCUCGUAAAUUGGUAUUAGGUGGUGCCUAUGUUCUGAAGCACACUAAAGGUGGUAAGGGCUCUCCCCAUGGGAAACAAAUGCAAAUGUUGGGCUCUGCCGGUGUGCUGUGUUGGGGGAAGUCAAGCCGGAGAAAUGUGGUUUGCUGUGAGGCAGAGUUGGGGCCAAGCUCAACAUUACACCGAAAUAGGUACAAGAAAGGUGAUGCAGAUGAACCUGGAAUGUUUAGGGUGCUUACUGGCAAGAGCAGGGAAGUGCAUUUUGUGUGUGAUGGAGGGUUAGAAGUUGCUGAGCUUUGGGUGAGAGGUAUUAAACUAGUAACCAAAGAGGCUAAUUUUCUUAAGCAGAGAUCAGUCUAAGUAGUACUGUUAGUGUUGAUAUGGUAGGAUGUAUAGGUGUUUGGAGUAGUACUUCAUCUCGAAGUAUUUAUAGCUGUUUUUUACUUUAAAGAUUUUGAUCUCUCAACGGUUGUACAUCCUUUUUUGGAGGUUAGGGAAACUGAAAACUGGAAAGCAGUGUUGCUUCUCUUGCUUGUACCGGUAGGUCUCAGUGGAUCCAAUUCACUUCAGAAAUUAGCAUCAGGUAAUUGACAGACCUGGAUCCUCUCAACGGGGGUGUUUGGUAGACAAUUUUUUUCUUUUACGAGAAUUUGGAAACUAGAAUUCUAAUGUUUGAUAUGUAAUUAAUAAUGAUUAAAAAAAUUGUUAUGAAACUA